AUGGCACUGCUAAUAUCGACAUUGCUGGCAAUAAUUGCGAUAUCCCACAUGAAUGGAAGGAAUGUACUUUCCAGCGAUAUGUUUAUACAACAAACUCCUUCAGCCUUAUAUAACGAGACGCCAACUCGGCCAGCAGUAAUAUUGGUUGCCAGUUACAAGGGAGGCUCCACAUUUUGCGGUGAACUCUUCAACCAGAAUCCGAAUAUGUGUUACUUUUUCGAGCCAUUAUUUGACACACAAGAUAAGCCGACGUGGAAUUCCAGUAUCAGAGCCACGUCAACUCUAAAAGAGCUGUAUAACUGUAGGUUCCCGGAUUACUACUUAGAUAUGAUAAAAAACUUCUCACUAACGAAAUCGAAGAGCAAUUGUUUUAAAGAAAUUUGUCAUCGGGGAUUUAGCUGCCAAAGAACUGUAUUGUCCGAAUUUGUUCAGGGUUGUAACAAAUAUAACUACAUAGCAAUGAAAGUAUUACGUCUCCAAUCACUGGAAAUGUUAAAACCAUUAGUAUUGAAAGAAAAAAUUGAUUUGAAAAUUAUUCACCUCAUCCGUGAUCCAAGAGGAAUUGCUUGCUCAAGAACAUGUAAAGGCUUCUGGGACGUUCGGCGGCGAGAAAUAAUCGACAAAGAAGGCGACUUAAUCAAACACGUUGCACAUGAUUGUAAACAUGUGCUUGACAUGAUAUCAUAUGCUAAACAUCUGCCAGCAUGGUUGAAUGGUCGCUACAAACUUGUUAGAUACGAGGACUUCGCGUCCGAUCCAAUCGCAAUGGCUGAAGAUAUAUAUAAAUUUCUACAAAUGGAUUUACCAUUUGAAGUGAAAUCUUGGAUACAAGAGAAAACUAUGCACGAGGAAUUAAGUGAAGGACGUCUGAAGAGAAGUCGGAAUUCAACUGCAACAGCUGAGUCGUGGAGGCAUGUACUUAGCUACUCAGAGGUAGACUUAAUUCAAUCUGUGUGUUCUGAUACUAUCAAUAUGAUGGAAUACAAAAUGCUGAGUUCAGAGAAUCAAUUACAAAAUCAAUUCUACAAAGUAUUCUGA